ACUUAUGUGAUAUAUUAAGCCUCCUCGUUCCCUCUUUCACACUAAAACCUAUUCUCUCUCUCUCUCUCUCUCUCUCUCUCUCUCUCUCUCUUUCUCUCUCAUGACAGACAGAUCAUCAGCACCACUGUUGUUUAGAUGGUGUACAAGUCUAUCUAGGUCAUGAACUGCAUUGAAAUGGCCUUCUUCCCAGCCAAUUUCAUGCUACAAAAUUCUCAUGAAGAUGACCAUCAACCUCCUACCUCUCUUAGCCCAAUUCUACCACUAUGCACAUCUCAAGACUUCCAUGGUGUUGGUUCACUUCUAGGGAAGAGAUCCAUGACAUUCUCGGGUAUUGACAUGUGUGAUCAAGAAACUAAUGGGGAUGAUGAUUUUUCUGAUGAUGGGUCACAAGCUGGAGAGAAGAAGAGGAGGCUAAACAUGGAACAAGUGAAGACACUUGAGAAGAACUUUGAGUUGGGUAACAAGCUUGAGCCUGAGAGGAAAAUGCAGUUGGCUAGGGCUCUUGGGCUUCAACCAAGACAAAUAGCUAUAUGGUUUCAGAACAGAAGGGCUAGGUGGAAGACCAAGCAAUUAGAGAAAGACUAUGAAGUCCUUAAGAGACAGUUUGAAGCCAUCAAAGCUGAUAAUGAUGCCCUCCAAGCUCAGAACCACAAACUUCAAGCUGAGAUAUUGUCACUAAGAAGUAGAGAGCCAACUGAGUCAAUCAACCUCAACAAAGAGACAGAAGGUUCCUGCAGUAACAGAAGUGAAAACAGCUCUGAUGUGAAGCUAGAUAUGUCAAGAACACCAGCAAUUGAAUUUGAUAGCCCUCCUCUCUCCACUCAUCCAACUAGCAGACCCCUCUUUCCACCAUCUAUGAGGCCAAGUGGUGUGGCCCAACUCUUCCAAAACUCUUCUUCAAGACCAGAGAAGAUUGAUCACAUUGUCAAAGAAGAAAGCUUUACCAACAUGUUCUGUGGCAUUGAUGAUCAAACUGCAUUUUGGCCAUGGUUGGAACAACAACAUUUCAAUUGAAUUGAACUGAAUUCAACUCAACCCAAUGGCCUAAUUGGGAUUUGGAACAAUACCCAUUUGGCCAUUUUCGCAGGCGGAUCGGUGAAAUAAUUUUAAGAAAGUGAUUAUUAUCAUGAUCAAAGACAUCAAUAUAUUCUAUUCUAUGAGGCUUAAAUUAAAAUCCUUGUUUUGGUACUUAGAGGACUGGUGUAUAAAGUAGUAUAUAUAUAUCAGGUUGAAUUUUAAGGUGAGCUUUCGAAGAUUUUUAUGGAGGAAUAAAGGGGGGGUAUGGUGUUUUUGUAUUUAUAUAGCAUGUGUUUUUUCAAGCUCAUAUAGAUGUUUGUUGGCUUGUUCAAAAUAUAUAUAUAUAUAUACAUGUUUGUUGGGUUGGUUCA